UCGUGAACUUGUUGCCACCAACAACGAGCCGUCUAGCAACGUUGACGGCCAAUGGCCGUCGUCUGGUGGCCAGAGAGAGAGCGAGAGUACCGUAAGGAUAUUCACGUGUAGGUAAAACAGAGGGGGAUACAGGUGGUGGCCGGUCAACGAUCUUGCGCUCCCCGGUUCACGUGUAUAUAAAGAGAAACGGGACGGGCACACGGCAGAUCAACAACGGCAGCCAUGUUCGGCAAGAUAGUUCUGUUCCUUUCCGCAUUGGCUCUGGCAGGAGCGCAGAUACCCAGCCUGGGCUUCUGCCCCGAAUACGUGCCUAUGGCCAACUUCGACAUGACCAAGUUCUUGGGCGUUUGGUACGAGGCUGAGAGGUAUUUCCAAUUGACGGAGGUGGUGUCGAGAUGCGUGAUGGCCAAUUACACGUUGGGCGCAGACGGCAGGUUCCGCGUCAGCAACGAAGUAACCAACAGAUUCACGGGGAUCAAGAGGGUGCUGGAGGGUGAAAUAAAGAAAGCCGCCUCGAAGGCGGAGGAGGGAAAGUUGGUCGUCAAGUACACGAUACCGCUGACACCCGAGACCAAGUACUCGGUCCUCGAGACGGACUACGAAUCGUACGCCGUCCUGUGGAGUUGCUCGGGUAUCGGCCCGUUCCACACCCAGAACGCGUGGGUCAUGACGAGGGAGAGGCUGGCGCCGGGCACGGUGCUGCAAAAGGCGUAUGCAGUGCUGGACAAGUACAAGAUCUCGAAAACGUUCUUCGUGAAGACGAAUCAGGAGGACUGCGCCCUGUUGGACGCGAAACCGACCCAGGAGCCGCAGGUGGAGGGGGGAGGGGAGAAGCCGGAGGAUGUGAGGUCGGCGGUGGCGCCGGACGCGCCGCAAGCGAUCCUCAACUCGAAGAAAAAUGGCAACAACGAGGAGCGGCCGGCCCACCCGCCCGAAAAUCCGAGCGAGAAGAAGCCGGCGGCCAACACUGUCCCGGAACGGAUCAUGGAAGUGGCGGACGCCGUGAAGGGGGAGGAGGGGAAGGAGGCGACGACGAAAGGCGAGGAGGGGAGGGUCGAGGGGAAUGUAGAACGGGCGGACGAGGAGAAGAAGAAGAAGAAACUUUGAAAACUUUCCUCUGAACUCGUCUUUUAAAUCGGUUAACGAUUAAAUUUUCAGCGAGGAAGGGUCGAAAUGAAAAUUGCAGGGCUUGUAGCGGUCUCGCCGUUUCGAGACCAGUCUCGCCCGUCGAGUUUCGUCGAGGCAUUAUCGAAGCUUUCAUGGGAGGGAGGGUAUAUCGCUUAUUGUUUUAACUUAUGUACAAAUGUAAGGGGGAGAAAAGAAAAAGAAAAAAAAAAAAAAGAAAUAAAAAAGUUGAAUAAAUUGUUACAUAAAACUGACACGAAA